AUGACUGUACAGGUGUUUGGCGCGCAAUACUCAACCUGUACUCAGAGAGUACUUGCUGUGCUUCAUGAACUGGGUGUGCAGUACAGUCUAGAAUUUGUAGACAUGUCCAAAGGCGAACACAAGAAUCCCGGAUUCGUCGACUUGCACCACCCUUUUGGCAUUAUUCCAGCCAUUGAAGAUGAUGGAGUCAAGUUGUUUGAGUCGCGUGCAAUCUGUCGCUAUCUUGUAGACAAAUAUGGGCAAUCUGAACAAAAGUCUCUAUUGCCUAGCAAAGCAGCCGGCGCAGUGGGUUAUGGCCUCUACGAACAGGCAUUGAGCAUCGAGUACUCCUAUUUUGAUCCGUCCAUGAAGUCAUUGUCCUAUGAGCUUUUGUUCAAACAGUAA